CGCGUUAUUUCGAGGGCGCGUCACAUUAGUCCACGUAUACUGUUUCGUGUUGUUGUGGUACGAAAUGGUUUCUGUAUCACCAACAAAACACGAAAUAGUUACAAUUUUAAAUAAAUUGAAGUCUUUGCCGUUCAACAAGCAAUGCUUUGACUGUGGUGCUACAAAUCCAACAUGGGCCAGUGUUACCUACGGUGUUUUUCUUUGUAUUGAUUGUUCGGCCGUCCACCGGUCACUUGGAGUCCAUUUAAGUUUCAUUCGUUCGACUCAGCUAGACACUAACUGGACUUGGGUCCAGUUGCGCGCAAUGCAAGUUGGUGGCAAUCAAAAUGCGCUUACGUUCUUCUCUCAAAAUAACUGUCGUUCCUUGGAUGCGCAGGAAAAAUACCAAAGUCGUGCUUCCCAACUAUACCGUUCUAAGCUGGAAAAACUUGCUAUUGACGCUGUUAAAACCUAUGGUAACAAGUUGACCCUGGAACUUGAUGAAGGAAAGUUCAAACGUGAACAGGUGGCUGACUUUUUUGAGGAACAUACCGAAAGCGUUACUCCUGACAUUAGUAAUGAUGGACCUGUGACAGUAACAACAAAAAUAACUCUGGAACAGUCAGCUGGUCCUACCGUUGAUAAUCUAUUCAAUUCUCCUGUAUCUGAACCUGGUCCCACAAAAAUACCUUCUGUAAUUGGAACUAGAAAACCGAAUACUACACGGUCUAGUGCUAAAAAAGGUGGAUUGGGAGCAUCAAAGGUGAAAGCUGAUUUUUCUGCCAUCGUUUCUGCUGCCGAACAUGCUGAUUUUGAAAUGAAAGGUCAGAUUCGCUCAACUGACCAGGAUUUAGAAGAUAAGGAAAAACGUAAUGAAGAACGACUUGCGUCACUUCGGUUAGCGUAUAAAGAUAUUACCGAUGAAUGUGAAAAGCAAGACACUGCAAACUUGAAGUCUACAGACCCUCAACGUGCCAAACAAGCUGAACGCCUUGGUAUGGGUAAAAUAGGUACAGGCAACAGAGAAAUAUCGCACUCAGCAUUUGCAAAUGUUCAAAAAAUAGAGCAAGAAAACUCGGCUCCCACCCACACUUCACCGCUAAGUUCAAAUUCGGACCCUUUCUUCAUUUCAAGUUACAGUAAUAGAGACCGUGAUACACGAAAUUUUUUCGAUUCUGGAGAUGAUAAUUUAUUCGGAGGCUCCGCGACGUAUGGUAUGAAUGGCGGAUGGUCAAAAAAUAAAUCAAGGGACAAUGACUGGGAUGGGCAUUUUUCAGAUCCUUUCAAUCAAAAGUCAAACAGAACACGUGAUUUGUCUACUGUUGCUGAUGAGUUUCCAACUAAAUCACCCUGCAAACAGCCCACAUCUCUUUCGUCUACACAAUCAGAAACUAAUCCAGAUUUAAGUGAAUUAAUGAAGAAGUUUGCCAACGCGACUUCUAUAUCGUCGGAUGCGUUUUUUGACCGAAAUGAUGUUCUAUAUAUGUGCGAUAUCUAUUUAUUCACUUGUUUUUCACUUAUACUAGUCUGAAUCUGAUGGGCUCUCAAGAUUUCAAGGGAGUUCAUCUAUUUCGAGUGAUGAUUAUUUUGGUCGUCCUAAAGUGCGACAAUCACAGGUAUCUAAUGAAUUACAAAAUAUCAAAGAUGGUGUCAAGCAAAGUGUAACUAAAGUUGCUGGACGGUUGUCAAAUCUGGCAACUGAUGUAGUACACACUCUUCAAGAUCGAUUCGGUUAGCUGCUUCCACCUUUAUAAUGCUUUCGGUCAGCUUGUGGUCCUUUCAUUUAAUAUUCUGGUUUAGCCGCCAAUCUCUUCGUUUUCGGUCACGAUCGGGGUUCAGGACAUUCCUUUUUUCCGGUUAUGUAUUCCUGAAGUUUUUGUUCUUUUUUAUGUUUCAUUCAUCUCUCCAGAGAUAAUAAGUUAGUUAAUCCUAGUUGACUGUAAGGGCCGUUUUGUUUAGUUGAUGAUAUAAAUUGAAGUUUUGUAAAUCCUAAUUUUUGUUUGUAAACACCAAGUAAACCAUUUUUCUGGAAUGAUUGUUGUCUUGAAGCGUCUUCUAUUAUUGACGGGAAUUAAUAUAACGUGAUUUCUUUAUUCAUGUGAAUCGCUUUCCUUUUCGUAUGUAUCGAAUAAUCUAUAUACAAGUGUUUCUAUUACGAUUAUCACAAUAUCUGUGGAUAGGAGCAACAUAAAAAAAGAAAUUGACGGAUUAAUAUUGAUAUAUUUGACCGUAUUAUUGACACUCAUAAUACAUAUUGAUAUGAGUAAUGUUUCGUCCUAGUAUAUGACUCGAGUGCUCGUCUACAAUCCUACCAAGGAUCGAAUCUAGGAACUUUAUUCAAAUUAGGCAGAAUAAGAUGUUAUCUAAAUAUAUC